AUCAUAUCUAAAAAAAAAUAACGUCACUUCAGUAAACAGGUUGUCCUCGGCAAACUGUUAGAUAAAACUUGGAUACACACGAGGCACGAAGUGCCGGUGCCGUGCAAUUUUAUUUUUCACUUAAUCGCUUGACAAAAUGUGCGAUAGAAAAGUAUGGAUUACAAAAGCUAACUGAGUUGUUGUUGUGGUAAUUUUUGUGCUAUAAAAUUUAUAAUUCAAAUAAAGAAUUCAUCAAAUAAUAGGAUAUUUUAGCACAUUAUUGUGUAAGUAAUUAAAUGGCAUUAAAGUGAAGAAUUUAAAAGUCGAAAUUUUGAUAUUGAAGAUAUUUUUAUAUUGAUCGAGUGGACUCUGUCCCAUUUAUAUGGAAAAGUAAAGCACUUGUAUAACAAUUAGUAGAACAAUAAUAAAGUUAAGUCUAAAAUGACGAUGCAGACGACAAGAGGAGCUUUGGUUGUAUUGUGCUUUUGUGUAGUAUUUUCAAGUGUUCAGCAAGUAGAUUCUCAGUUCGAUAACUCAAUGAUUUUGAGUAUAGUGAAUGGCAUGCCCAUAAGAGACAAGUUACUGUUUAUAGCGCAGGCGUUGAUGGACCACCCGGCUGUAUACCAGGAUCUGGAGGACUCCCUUGUUGCAGCUUUGCCCAUACUAGAGUACGACAAGCCACCCGAGAGAUUCUUGGGCUAUGUUUUACCGUGGGCGCUGCACCAUCUGCCAGAUUUGCUGAAAAAUGAGGUUUUUAAAGGAGCGAUAAAAAUAUUUAUAGAAGAGCUGAACGCCGCUACUGAAACACCAGACUGGUAUUUGAGAUCCGGGAACGCCACUGAGGACAGGGACUAUUAUGUGUCUCAUUUGCUUUCUGCGUUAAAUUACUACGGCAUGGGCGCGGAUAUUCUCCAGAUGAAAAGCGUGACGGACUAUUUUCCGUACAAUUCAACGGACAGGCAACUAAAUGACCAGUGUUACAAAGACACUAUGAUGUUUUUCGAUCGCCUUUUUGCAGGAGAUAAAUGGGCACUUGACAUGUUUGAUGCGGUUGGCAAGCCUACCACUGGUAUCAGGAGAGGUGUACUGUACUUCAUUGGUACCUAUGACCAGUGCCAGAAAGUCCGAGCUGAAAUCCCGGUCAAUGCAACUCUUGGGCAGUAUCGGGCUAAAGCUGAGGUCAAAUAUCAGGGGCGAUAUUGCAGGGCGACCUUCACUCCUCCUAGAAGUCUUAUUGAAAGCAUAGCCGGAGAUCAUAUCAACAAUACAUACGGCGUUCCCUUAACACUCUCCGUUGGUCUUUGUCUACCCGAUUCCUGUCAUAAAGACGACAUUGAAGGUCUUCUGAAUUUAGGUAUACUAGGGUGGCUGUUGAAUAUAACUGUGGACAGGGCUGUCUGUACUGAAGAACAAACUUUCAAAACGGACGACAAAUCUCAUGCUGUUAUUGGCAUUCUAGGUGGGUUAGUACUUUUAGUCAUUGUGUCGUCUUCAGUCGACUUUUGUUUUCUGCAACGCAAGAAGAAACAUGGUACUCUGCAGGACAUAUAUUCUCCAUCAGAUCUACAAUAUCACGACAAUAACGGUUAUGUCAAUAUGCCAGGGUCAGGCGAAAAGACGCAAAGCGAAACUGAAGGGAAAGAAUUAGAAAAUUUGACCGGAAAUGGCCAAAUCAGUGUUAUAGCUGACAACCCAGUAAAAGCAGAAGACAUCAAACAAGAAAUAAAAGAUCCCCUGUCUAAAGUUAAAUUGACGCGUGCAGGAAGGAACAGAAAGAAAAAUGCUCUCAGCCUAGAUAUAUCUGUUGACAGUGAUUUGACCGAUAAUAUUCUAGACAGAAGUGAUAGUUCUGAUGAACGGGUCGUCACGAAGUUGUUGCGGAGUUUCUCUAUAUUCACUAAUAUUCCCUCGGUACUAAGCACUGAGACAAAAGAUGACGAUAUUUCCUGUUUAUACGGUAUACGUGUGAUCACAAUUCUGUGGAUUAUCCUUGGCAACACCUAUCUCUAUAUCGCCCAAUCCUUGUCUGAAGUCCCGGUAGCGGUUGAUAUGUUGGACUCGUUCGACCUGAUGGAACGCUUCACCAUGCAGGCCGUCAUGUCUGCACCGUAUGCUACCGAUACCUUCUUCAUGAUAAGUGGAUGCCUUAUCUCUUACUGGUUCUUGUAUAAAUGUGAGUACAACAACAGUGAUGUAAACAUCAAAACAUGGCUGAAAUUCUAUCUAGGAAAAUAUUGGAAGAUGACACCGCCAUAUAUGCUGGUUAUGGUGACAUUUGUAUAUCUGUACAUGUACUUGGGUCAAGGACCCCUGUGGCCGGAGGACAUUGCCGUCGCCGACAGCUGCAGGACCGACUGGUGGAAACAUCUACUCUAUGUUAACAAUCUCGUUGGCGUUGACGGUGUUGAACCGGAGAAACAAUGCAUGGCUUGGUCUUGGUACAUUGCAGUGAACAUGCAGUUUUAUUUGAUUUCACCUAUAAUACUCUCCUUUACAGCUUUCUCAUGGUCGAUGGGUCUAGCUAUUACAGGGAUAGUAGCAGCCGCUGGAAUUAUUGCCGCCGGCGUGAAGGAGUCCCAGUACCCUGGGGAAAUGCUUACAAGCCGUCUGGACGGAGGCGAGUAUUGGAACAAUGUGUUUAUCAAACCCUGGUGCCGUGUGGCAGCGUACUGCGUCGGCAUCGCCUUGGGCUUUGUCAUACAGCAGUGGUUCCAUAAGAAAAUGAACAAAAUCAUAGCCCUAGUGCUAUGGAUGUUAGCUCUAUCCGUCGGAAUUUUACUAGUCUACAUUCCAUAUACGAAAUAUGUUGAAGAUCUUGAACCGUGGACUACUACCCAGAUGGCGGUGUAUGAGGCCCUCGGGAGACCAGUAUGGGCUCUCUGUGUUGCCUGGGUGGUAUAUGCAUGCGCAUCAGAUCUCGGAGGUCCUGUCGCAGACUUCCUUUCCUGGAAGGGUUUUGUACCUUUGUCCAGACUGACGUAUCUUGUAUUCCUGAUCCACCCUGUCCUAAUGGUGCUAGAUGUUUAUACUAGACGGACACUCGUACAUUUGAACGACUUCGAGAUGGCAUAUCAAUUUAUCGGACACGUGGUGGUGAAUUUUGGCGCUGCAUUUUUCGCCUCGUUGGCAUUUGACAUGCCCUUCAGAAAUAUCAAACGUAUAGCGCACGGGAAAUCUUUGGACACUCCUUACUAGAUUAAUGUAACUACACUGUGAUAUACACAGCACGAGGUUCACGAGGUUCAGAAUAAUGUGCUCGAAGACGGUGCUAAUAGAACAAAAAUAACUUUGUUGUCUCAUUAGUGGUUUGAUAUCACUCAGCGCUAAAUGCUGCAUUGUUAUUGUUAUCAAAUUGGCUUUUAACAACAGUGUCUUUUAUACUGUCUGUAAACUUUCAAGCGUGUCACACACAAUGCUGAUACGAAAAGAUGUAACAAAACCGUCAGUCAUAUGUGCAUUUUCGAUGGUGUUGUUCUUUUUUGUACUGUUUUGUGUCUGUUCAUAAAAGCUUGCAUGUCACAAACAUUUGUUCGCAUUAUCUAAGAAGCCAGUCCAAUCGCUGGUAUGAAAGUACUUGCGAUGUACGUUUAGAAUCAAUAUCAUUAUUAUCUAUACAGUCAUGUUAUAUUUAUUUUUGUAUUUGUUUUGAGCUGAAAAUGUGUUAUUUAUUGUAAAAGAUCACAUAUCACAUGAAAUCCAUUUUCCAUUCAUUCAUUUUAAUGACGUCAUGUUUUAGUACGUUAAUGACGUCAUGUUUUAGUAAAAGACUGUGACUCAAUGCAGACUUGGAGCGCCGGUAUAAAUUACAGUCUCCGGUACAUACCGGAUUAACUAAAUUUGAACGAAAAUAUCUUAAAUGUAUAUAUUUUGUAACCAUGGUGAUACUAACCCUAACCUUUAGUCAGUAUUGUAUGCAUAUUGUACACUAAAUGCAUGCGGACAUGCAAAAAUAUGCAUAUUUUUGCCGUGCGCUAGAACGGAUUAUCACUUUCGGGCAUGCGCAGAAGACCGCUCCAAGUCUGCAAUGAGUUACAUCGUUAGUAAAAUAUCAAAGAAAUGCCUACUUUCAUUAUUAUAUCGUUGAUGAAUUCGAACCUAUCAGAGAAAAAUGAUAUUUUAAUGUGUCCAAAGGAGAAAAGUCUGACCUUAAUUUGGAUUUUUGUUCAUAUCCAUUCAGCCCUUCACUGAAUUAUAACUAGACAUUUAUAAUUGUCCAAUGUCUCCCUGGCCAUCAGGCUUAUCAAAGUCACUCGUAAAGAUUUGCACGAAGUUUAAAUUUCCUGUUCGAGCCUAUAGGUAUAGACACACUAUAUUGUCAAAUGAGAGUCGCGGAUUUUAUUCAGAUAUUAACUUUGUACAGCAUGUUUCCUUAAUUUCAUUGCAACAUCUUGCUUAAAAAACUAGAUCAUACACCAACACUAAAAGUUUAGGUCUCAUUUUUUGAGGAAUUUUACAAUGUUCCUUGACUGAAAAUAUUUUUCUUUUAUCGAACAUUUAUCCCACUUUUCCGGUUUAUCUUUUUAAUUCUGUAUGCAUAUAUGUGAAUAAUAUGUAAUUCAUUCUGUUUAAGUCAUAGCAAAAUAAUGUAUACAUGUCAAGUUUUUUACAUCAUCAUAGCUUGCUGGUUGUACGGUGUUACUCUUGCACGCAGUUUUGUACUUGCAUGUUUAAUGCAUGCACUUUCUCAUUCUUGCAUAUUAAAGGUCUUUGUGGUUCCAAGGUUCGUUUCUAGACCAUACCCAACCUGCUAUGACUGAUAAUUGAACUUUUUGUUACUCAACUGAAAGGCGACGGAAAUAAGGUAAUGGUCUCCGUCUAUUUGUCCACCCGUCUGGCCUAGCUUACGUCCGUGGCACUUUAUUCUAAAACAGUUACUGUUAAAGGAAUUUUGCUACAACUUCGCGCAAUGACAGAUGCCUUUAAGUUGAAGUGCCCGGUACAAAGACCAUAACCCUAUAUUGUUUAUUUCUUGAAAUAUUUCAAUUUAUAUGCCCUUUUGCCAGGAGCAUAACUGGGAUUUAGUUAAAACUUUACACAGUGGGGAAUCGUAAGAAAAAACUGUAACUAUACCUUGACCGCUUUUUUAAAACAUUAUCUCUCUUGAUUUGAUUUUAUAAAUAAAGUUGUUUUGAACACAAUUCUGAUAUUGUAAUAGGGAUUUUCUUCUCUAAACAACAGAAGGUACUGAGAGAAAAUGCAUUGUAAAAGGACCAUCACUCAAUUUUGCUUACUUUUUGAAUUAUCUCCCUUUAUCAAAAAUACUUGCACGAGGCAUAAGUGUUCAAAUGUUAAAGAGAAUUCCUAUAGUUUUUUUUCCUUUCAUAGAAUUUUUUUAAAUUCACAUAUAUGAUAGGAAAAUUUGUGCUGAAAACAAUGAACAAAUAAAAACAAUAGGUCACCAGGCUUGUUUUUGUGAAAAGUUGUUUUGAACACACCCACUGUUGCUGAAACUGCCAGCGAUUUUUCAACAGUUUCAUAAUUUUCUGCUUUUUUAUAAAUACCAAACAAAAUAUUCAUCCAAGCAGCACAAUACGGUUUUUCCAUUUUACAGAUUUUAUUAUAUACUUAUUUGAUAUCAUAGUCAUAUUUGUAAUACUAUAUCCUUACAAUAAUGGGUACAAAUGGAAAAAAAAUAUUGUUUCAUAUUUACUUUUGUGAACCUUUUCAAUGAAAAAUACCCAUAGUGAAGAAUAUUUUUUCAAAUUUUGAAAAAAAACUCUUUCAUAGAAUUUUUUCUUUUUCUUAUUGUGUAUAGAUAAUUGUAUUGUGAGCAUAAAAAUGGCUAAAAAUGUAUGGGUCACCAGGCUAAAUUUUAUGUUAAGACCGCUAGAAUACAACACCUGUUCGGACGGAAAUGGCGCGAACCUGGCCAAAUUGAUUACAUGUAUGUCUGCUAAAAGUUAAAAAAAAGUUUUAAAAAUUCUUAAUUCUUUCUAUAAUUGAAUACUAAAUAAUCUGAAAGGUGAGAUUGUCUUAUCAGUACUAAGUCAAUUAUCUUACAUUAUAUGAACAACACUGUCUUUGUACUAAAAUGCGAUGUGAAAACACAACCACAAAAAUAGCAAAAUACCUGUCAGGCAUGAUACUUGUCAAUACAACAUAAACCAGUAUCAACAUUUGAUUACUGAUAUAACUUAUCAAAAAUGUCAUUUCAUUCAAAAUUCCUCAUAUUUAAGAUUGUCUGUAACAUGUUUCAACAAAUGUUGACCUCAGUUCAGUUUUCCAUAGAAAGUGCCGGCUGCGCAGAAAGAUGCGCAUAAAAAACUAUAGGAAUUCCCUUUAAAGUGAACUAUAUUGAGGUAAAGUGCAGUGUAUAAGAACCAUGACUCUAUCAUGCUUACUCUUUAAAUUGCAUCCCUUUGUUUAAAGUACUUGUAACACUUAUUUUCGAAACAUAACUCUAAAACAUAUUAUACCUUCACGCAAUGUAAACCGCAUCUCUACUUUGCUUAUAUUUUGAAUAAGCUCCCUUUUUAAAAUUUAUUUGUCAGAUGCAAAAUAGGCAGUUUAUUAAUAUAGUAUAUCAGGAUAUAGAACAUUUUAGGAAAAUGCUUUGUGCAGAAAACAUACUUCCGCCAUGCUUACUGUUUGAACGAUCUCGCUUUAAUUUACCCACUACUUAACAUUCAUACAUUUCGUUAUUUUCAUAAUAUUUUUUCUCUUCAAUGCCAUUUUUUACAUGAAACAUUUGCGUUGGCGGGGAAAUUGUCAUGUGCAACAUGGUUGUUGUUAAAAAGUGCUUCAAUGUAGAAUGCUCAAUUUAACAAGAGUGCAAAUAAAUUUUAUCAAAAAUAUA